GCGGAAGCGGCGCGAUGGCGGCAGGUGAGGGGCCCGGGCAGGCGGCGGCUCCGGCCGCCCGUGUCCCGCCGGGCUGAGGGUCCCGCGGGUCGGUACCGCUGCCGCCUCCUCCAACAUGGCUCUGAUCGAGGGUGUGGGCGAUGAGGUGACUGUGCUCUUCGCCGUCCUGCUGGUCGCCGUGGUGCUGGGGCUGGCCUGGGCCUCCACCCGCGCCCCCGAGCCCGCCGCCGCCGCCGCCGCUCCCCGAGCGGACACGGCCCUGCCCGAGGAGGGACCGAGCGCUGCCCCGGCCCCCGCCGAGCAGAAAUCCCCGGCGGCGGCUGCCGGAGCGGCCCCCGAUGGAGCGGGCGGGCUGGCGGCGGGGCUGCGGCCCCGGGUUGUCCCCGCAGCCGCAGCGGCUGCCCCGGGUGAGGGGGACAGCGGCCCCGCCGAGCCCACCAUGGUGCUGCGGCUGAAGUUCCUCAACGACACGGAGCGCCUGGCCCGGGUGCGUCCCGGGGACACCGUCGGGACGCUGAAGAGGGCGUAUUUCCCGGGGCAGGAGCAGCAGGUGAGGCUCAUCUACCAGGGCCAGCUGCUGCGGGACGACACGCAGAGCCUGGCCGCCCUGCACCUGGUGCCCAACAGCGUCCUGCACUGCCACAUCGCCCCGCACAGCCCCGCACCCGCCGCCCCCGCCGGUCCCCACGCCUCUGCCGACCCCGUCCACGCGGCGCUGAACGUGGGCAGCCUGAUGCUGCCGCUGUUCCUGCUGCUCCUGGCCGUGCUCUGGUACUUCCAGCUCCAGUACCGACACGUCUUCACCGCCACCGCCACCACCUUCCUGGCCGGCCUCACGCUCCUCUUCAGCUUCAUGGCCUUCACCAUGUACCGCAGAUAGCACGGCCCGGAGCCCGCGGGGACCCUGCCCCGAACACCGCAACCGCACGGAACCGGGGUGGCCGGGGCGUGGACUGUGGGACGCGGG